AUGACAUUCAUGGUAAAAACCAUGGUGGGCAGCCAGUUGAAGAACCUCACCGGAAGCCUGAGUGGCGGCGAAGAUAAGGGAGAUGGGGACAAGUCCGCCACCCAAGCACAGGGCAUGAGCCAAGAGGAGUAUGAAGAGUAUCAGAAGCAACUGGUGGAAGAGAAGAUGGAACGUGACACACAGUUCACACAGAGGAAGGCAGAGCGGGCCAUGCUACGGAGCCACUUCCGAGACAAAUACCGGCUGCCCAAGAAUGAGACCGAUGAGAGCCAGAUCCAGAUGGCAGGUGGAGACGUGGAGCUGCCCCGGGAGCUGGCCAAGAUGAUUGAGGAGGAUACGGAGGAGGAAGAGAGGGCCUCAGUCCUCGGGCAGCUGGCCAGCCUUCCUGGCUUUGACCUUGGCUCUCUCAAGGACAAAGCCCAAGCCACACUGGGGAACCUCAAGCAAUCAGCUGAGAAGUGCCACAUCAUGUGA